CAACUAUCAAGACAUACUCAAACACUAGUCAACAUGAAGAACUGAUGAAGAUAGUAAAAAACUGCGCAAAAACUUGCAAAUCAAAAUUUAAUUUAGGUUCAGAUGCAACUAUGAGAGUUCUUUUGAGAACAAAUAAAUUUUGAAAUACAAUAAAAAAAAUUCAAAAUUGCAACUAUUGAUUUAAACAAUUGAAAUCAUUGUCAACAACAAAACAAAAAUGACGAGUUGGAUGUCGAGGAGGUUCCCAAACAAGAACCAAGUGAGUCCAAUGAACAGCUCUAAGAUGGGGAGCAACAAGUCUUUAGUUGACAGUGUCGGCUCUAUGUCCCCGUCGCAACUGGACAAAGCCAUAAUGGAUAUGCUCGACAUACAGCGUCAUGAAAACACAGGUAGUUUGGGUGGACUUUGCUCAGGUUUCUUUGCAGGCAACAUAGUAACAACCCGUGGUAAAAGACUCCAACUGGUGAAGAUUAUCUUAAUCAUCUUGGUUCCCAUCCUUUUCCUGAUUGGGCUGGCAGGUUAUGUUUUCGGACAACAGGUUGUAAAUCAUGCAAACUCUCAAGCUAUUCGUAACACUGUUAUGUUUAGUACAGAGGUGGGUUCCUUGAUCCAUAACCUGCAGAGAGAAAGAGACAUGAGUGCCCUCUAUGUGAGCUCACUUGGACCAAAUAGUAAAGCAUUUCUAGUAAAGAGGUACCCCUUGACUGACCUAGCCUUAGAGGAGCUCUCUGAUUGGCCUGUGGCAGAUGUCAACCCAAGAACCGAAUUUCAGAGCAAGGAGCGCUUUCAAAACUACCUCAAUGAACACAGGUAUGCUUUGGAUACAAUUAACACAACAAUUGAUACUGAAUUGAUUCUCUAUUCUGAAGUCAUCAACAUAUUCAUCAAGUGGCUUUAUGACAGCAUCAAUGAACAAAGAUCCGGUACUAUCUGGAAACAGCUGGUUGCAUAUUUAGAGAUCAUCGUUGGAAAGGAAGCAUUUGGAGUUGAACGAUCUCUCGGUGGUAUAUUCUACGCCAAAGGGACUUUUCCAGAUAGGGACCUCUACCUCAAGUUCUUACAGCAUCAGAAUUUAGGGAACAGUUCUAUUAUAUCUGCACUGAAGUAUUCUGACCUGGCAAGUGAAAUAUACCUCCAGGAAGUCUUCAAUGAUACAUUUAUAGACAUCAUCAAUGACAAGAGAGAAGAGAUUCAGUAUUCCUAUGCUUCGGGUAAAAUCCUAAUAGGUGAGAUAGGUGAAUACUCCAGUCUGCAAGGAGAAUGGUGGUUUGCUAACUUCACUAUCUAUAUAGAUGCCUUACUGACCAUCCAGAGAUCUCUAGGGAGGAAAAUUGACACCUUACUCGAGAAACAGGAAGCCAAUGACCGUGACCAGACUAUAAUAAUAGGAGUUGUCUUAGGAGGUGUCAUCAUCCUCUGCCCUGCCAUCCUUAAUUCUGUGUAUUCCCUCACGACUGACAUUCAAGGAUAUUCACUGACUCUUGCUGACAGGAUAAAGGCACUAAGUAAGGAGAAGACGCGCACGGAUACAUUACUGUAUCAGAUGUUGCCGAAACAGGUAGCUGAGAGUUUGAAGAAAAAUGAAGAAGUUGCUGCUGAGUUGUAUAAUAGCGUCACAAUUUUCUUCUCAGACAUAGUUGGCUUCACAGAAAUAAGUGCCCGGAGCUCUCCAAUACAGGUUGUAAACAUGUUGAACAGCCUGUACACCUGCUUUGAUGAACGUAUUGAACAAUAUGACGUCUACAAGGUUGAAACUAUUGGAGAUGCUUAUAUGGUGGCAUCAGGAUUACCGAAGCGUAAUGGGAAUCGCCAUAGCACAGAGAUAGCGACCAUGGCCCUAGAUUUA